AUGUUGUCGACGCUCCGAAUCGCGGGCAGGCAAGCCGCCGCGCGCCCCCUCGUCUUCACUGCCGCUGCCACCCGUGCUGCCUCGACCUGGAGCUCCGUGCCCCAAGGCCCUCCCGACGCCAUCCUCGGCAUCACCGAGGCCUUCAAGGCCGACAAGUUCGACCGCAAAAUCAACCUCGGCGUCGGUGCUUACCGCGACGACCAGGGCAAGCCUUUUGUCCUGCCCUCUGUCCGCCAGGCCGAGCGCCAGGUCGUCGACGCCAAGCCAAACAAGGAGUACGCCGGCAUUACCGGUGUCGCAGAGUUCCCUGCCCUCGCCGCAAAGCUCGCCUACGCCGCCGACUCGCCGGCCCUCGACCGUGUCGCCAUCACUCAGUCCAUCUCCGGUACUGGUGCCCUGCGCAUUGGCGCCGCUUUCCUCGAGCGCUUCUACCCGGGCGACAAGAAGAUUUACAUUCCCUCGCCCUCAUGGGCCAACCACAAAGCCGUCUUCACCGACGCCGGCCUCGCCGUCCAGCAGUACCGCUACUACGACAAGAACACCAUCGGCCUCGACUUCGAGGGCAUGAUAGCUGACAUCGAGGCCGCCCCUCAAGGCAGCGUCUUCCUCUUCCACGCCUGUGCUCACAACCCCACGGGCGUCGACCCCACCCCCGAGCAGUGGAAGGAAAUCUCGCGCCUCGUCAAGAAGCAGGGUCACUUUGCUUUCUUCGACAUGGCCUACCAGGGCUUCGCCAGCGGCGAUACCGACAAGGACGCCUUUGCUGUCCGCCACUUCGUUGCGCAGGGCCACCAAGUUGCCCUCUGUCAGUCGUUUGCCAAGAACAUGGGUCUCUAUGGCGAGCGCGUGGGUGCCUUCUCCCUCGUCUGUGCUGAUGCUGCCGAGAAGAAGCGAAUCGAGUCGCAGCUCAAGAUCCUCAUCCGCCCCAUGUACUCGAACCCUCCCAUCCACGGCGCCCGCAUCGCCACCGAGAUCCUGGGCGAUCCUAAGCUCUACCAGCAGUGGCUCGGCGAGGUCAAGAGCAUGGCUGACCGCAUCAUCACCAUGCGAGCCCUCCUCAAGAGCAACCUUGAGAAGCUCGGCUCCAAGCAUGACUGGUCCCACAUCACGAGCCAGAUUGGCAUGUUCGCCUACACAGGCCUGACGCCUGCGGAGAUGGAAAGGCUCGCCAAGGAAUACUCUGUCUAUGCUACCAAGGACGGCCGCAUCUCCGUCGCCGGCAUCACCUCGGACAACGUCGGUCGGCUGGCAGAGGCCAUUUUCAAGGUCAAGGGCUAA